CUAGAGUCUCCUGCGAUUAGGUCCAAAUAUUUGCUCUAUUUGCUUUUUCCCGGAUCAGGGAUGCGGAUUGGUAUACGCGGUCUUGGCUUUUCGAUCGAAGUGUUUCCCUAGAGUGAACGGGUGCUAGUGAUUCGUCAAGUUCUAGCUAAAAUACUGAUUGUGGUCAUUGGACUUGAAGAUAAGGGAACUUUUGCUGUUUGCUUGGCCCCGAGGAACCUGUCUUGACGACGCAUUGUGAUGGCUCAGCCUCGCACUAAUGCUGUUGGAGUUGACAACACUUUUCGAAGGAAGUGGGAUCGGGAAGAGUUUCUUCAGAAAGCCAGAGAACGAGAAAGGCAAGAGGAGGAGGGCAGAUUUAAAUCCAAAGAAAAAGCCCCUCCUGUCCAAAGGAAACCCCUGAAGCACAGGGAUUAUGAAGUCGACCUUGAAUCCCGCUUGGGGAAAACUCAGGUUGUUACCCCAAUAGCACCACUAAGCCAGCAGGCUGGAUACUACUGUGCAGUCUGCGAAUGUGUUGUAAAAGAUUCAGCUAAUUACCUGGAUCACAUCAAUGGCAAGAAACAUCAGAGAGCUUUGGGCAUGUCUAUGCGGGUGGAAAGGGCGACUCUUCAACAGGUCCAAGAACGAUUUGAAGUGCUUAAGAAGCGGAAAGCUCCAGAGGGCUUCACUGAGCAAGAUUUGGACGAGAGGAUAAGAAAACAGCAGGAAGAGGAGGAGGAGCGGAAGCGUCUGCGUCGAGAAAAGAAAAAGGAGAAGAAGAAAGAGAAGGCUGCCCAAGAAGAAGUCGACGAUGUCGAUCCCGAUGUUGCUGCGAUGAUGGGCUUUGGAGGUUUCCGAUCAUCGAAAAAGUGAUACGUGGGCAUCGGCUGCAUGGAUCUUCCAACCUGAAACACUUGUAAUGGCUUAUUAUCAUCGGCUGGAAGUCCUCUCGAUCUCACUCUCGUUGAACUGCAAACCUGUCUGUAAUGUCAUGAUUGAUGCUAGAGUUUUUUGAAUUCCUAAAUUGUGCAGAAAAUGUUGGGUUUAUCCACCAAAGCCAAAACAGUAUCAGUUGACAUCUAAAACCAGUUUUGGUUUGCUAAA